AGCCAUGGAUAACAAAAAGAGUAACAGAAAUCCUUGGAUUUGAAGAUGAUGUGGUAAUUGAAUUUAUAUUCAACCAGCUGGAAGUGAAGGCCUGAACCAAAAUGGAAGUUAUUCCUUGCGUCUGAAGUAUAGCACCAUCACCUUAUUAGGUCACAGCAGAGUGAGUGUCCAAUGUCGCUCUGACCAACUCCCUUGAUGAUGCAGUGUGUGUUUGGAGAAAAUUCAACUGGGCCAAAAGAUGUUAAGGGAUCAACUAAGUUAAGUAAGAAUUCAUAUUAAGUAGUAAUUUGCUAGUAUAUAUUAUUGUAAUGCAACCUAAAUAUUCAGUUUUGAUCCCUUUCAUAGAAAGCAUGAUUUUAACGUAGAACUUUUAAAACAAUUUUUCCUUUUUGUGGUUGUGUACUCAUUAUUGCUUGUUCGUCUUUUGCAAUUUAGAUAAAUGGUAUAACAUUAAACUCAAGGUGGUUGAGUUGCAGUAGGGAGUCGGAAGCAAGCCAAGGGAACAUCUUUCUCUACAGGGGACUUGGCGAUUCCAAACCCCUCCCAAGUUCCAAGAAGAAACAGAAGACACCUGGAAUCUGUACUUGCUUUGUGCUGUUGAGCUGUGCUUGUUAUAUGGACCUUGUUGCUUUGACCAACAAUGUUAGAACGAAUAUGUCCACCUGUACUGUGAGCCACUCUUGACCUCUUAAUCCUUUGUGGGCAUUACAUAAUUCUCAUUUAAAUAAUAGAGCAGCUUUUAUUUUGUAAGCUAGUUGAUGAGGUCUUAGAAUUGUUUUCUGGAGAAAGUAAGACAAUGCAUGCAUAAAUUCUUGUUCAGUUUUCAUAGCAGGACAUUGAGUGUAUUUUAUGUGAUGAUUCUUUUAAUGUUACCUGUACAGCUUUUGACCAUUAAAAAAAAAAGAAUUUAAGCAUCAGCACCAAAGAAUAUUGGGGAAGAAUGCUUAGAACGUUAAUUACAAAGACACACUUAACACAAACCAUUGUGAUGUCGCAGCACCAAAUUUAUAGCCUCAGUUGUAAUGGCUGCACAGACCAAAAUAUUUAUGAAAUCCACAAAGGAUUAACAGGCCACUUCAAACGUAAUGGUAUAGCAAAAGAAAUAUGGUAUCUCUUGGAACUAUAUUAUUGAGCAACCUUUAGGGCAAGUUUUAAAAACUGUUAGUGAGCAUAGCAUACUCUAGCCCCAUGGUAGAAGAUUGAGGCAAAAUUAAAAUGACUUACCUGGUUUUGUUUUUCAAAUAACCGGUAUCUCUUCCUGUCAUAUCUCUUUGCAGAAUCCAGAUUCGAAAAUGAUGCAAAUCAACUUGACUGGGUUUUUGAAUGGGAAAAAUGCUAGAGAGUUUAUGGGAGAACUGUGGCCGUUGCUAUUGAGUGCACAAGAGAACAUUGCUGGUAUUCCAUCUGCUUUUUUGGAACUGAAGAAAGAAGAGAUAAAACAGAGACAGAUUGAACAGGAAAAAUUGGCUUCGAUGAAGAAACAAGAUGAAGACAAGGAUAAGAGAGACAAGGAAGAUAAAGAGAAUAGGGAAAAGAGGGAUCGAUCUCGAAGUCCUAGAAGACGUAAAUCAAGGACUCCAUCACCUAGAAGACGGGCAUCCCCUGUCAGGAAGGAAAGAAAACACAGCCAUUCACGAUCCCCACAUCACACAGCUAAAAGCCGUAGUGUCACCCCUCCACCGGAAAAGAAAGAAGAGACUCCUGAGCCAGAACCUUCAAUUAAAGUAAAAGAAACAUUGAUCCAAGAGGCCACAUCUACUAGUGAUAUUUUGAAAGUCCCAAAAAUUGAGCCCAUGCCAGACACCAAGGAAGUAUCACCAGAAAGAAUUUCAAAGAAAGAAAGAGAGAAAGAAAAAGAGAAGACUCGUCCAAGAUCUCCAUCCCGAUCCAAGUCGAGGUCAAAGUCUCGCUCUCGCUCUCCAUCUCAUUCAAGGCCAAGAAGGCGCCACAGAUCACGAUCCAGGUCUUACACACCAAGAAGGCGGCCUAGCCCAAGACGGCGACCAUCUCCUCGGAGGCGAACCCCACCACGGCGUAUUCCACCGCCACCAAGACACAGAAGAAGCAGAUCUCCUGUGAGACGGAGGAGACGAUCAUCCGCAUCUUUGUCAGGAAGCAGUUCCUCUUCAUCCUCCUCACGUUCCCGAUCUCCACCAAAGAAGCCACCUAAGAGAGUUGUAUCUAGUCCCCCUCGUAAAACCCGUAGACUGUCUCCUUCUGCAAGUCCCCCUAGGCGAAGACAUCGACCCUCCCCACAACUCAGUCCCCCUCCAAAACCUCGCCGAUCUCCAACACCUCAGCAAUCAAGUCGUGUAAGAAAAACCAGAAGCUCAGUUUCUCCCAGUAGAACCUCAGCUCCCAAACAUAAAAGUAUUGAAAAAAGGGAGUCCCCCUCUCCAGCACCAAAGCCUAGAAAAGUAGAGUUGUCAGAGUCUGAAGAAGACAAAGGUGGUAAAAUGGCAGCUGCAGAUUCUGUGCAGCAAAGACGACAAUAUAGAAGACAGAACCAGCAAUCUUCCUCUGAUUCUGGUUCUUCAUCUUCCUCUGAAGAGGAACGUCCCAAAAAGUCAAAUGUAAAGAAUGGUGAAGUGGGUAGACGCAGGCGGCAUUCGCAUUCUCGCAGCCCAUCCCCAUCUCCUCGAAAGUGGCCGAAGGAGUCUUCCCCUCGGAUGCAGAUGGGAAAGAGAUGGCAAUCGCCAGUUGUUAAAAGUCGGAGAAGGCGAAGUCCUUCACCACUUCCUGCCAGAAGACGACGUACUCCUUCUCCUGCUCCUCCUCCAAGGCGGCGUAGGUCACCUUCACCACCACGGCGAAGGUCUCCAUCGCCACCCCCUCGCCGGCACUCUCCGACACCCAGACGAUACUCUCCUCCAAUACAGCGAAGAUACUCUCCUUCACCACCUCCAAAGAGAAGGACAUCUUCUCCUCCUCUCAAGAGAAGGGCAUCUCCUUCUCCACAAACGAAGCUCAGAGUCUCUCGCUCUCCUCCCCCAAAGCAAAGAGGCUCUCCUCCUGCAAAGAGACGUUCACCAUCGGUAUCUUCCAAGCACAGGAAAGGGUCUCCUCCCAGCCGGUCCAGCCGUGAUGCCCCAGUGCAGAACAAGCGGCAUUCGCCUUCCCCGCAGCCCAGGCCCUCCCGUACCUCUGCAAGCCCCCCUCUGCUACGCAGAGGAGCUUCACCUUCACCCCAGCGAAGACAGUCUCCGUCUCCAAGCACUAGGCCCAUCCGGAGAGUCUCAAGGACCCCAGAGCCCAAAAAAUCCAAAAAGGUUUCCCCACCAAGUCCACACUCUGUGAGAAGGAGAUCUUCAUCCAGGUCUGUUUCAGGAUCACCUGAACCGCCCCCGAAGAAACAUCCAGUACCCGAAUCACCUGCUCGGUCUCGAUCACCUGCUCACUGGUCUCCACCAGCAGCUGCAAAGAAAGCUAAAAGUCCUACACCAAGUCCAUCCCCAGGAAGGAAUUCUGAUCAGGAAGGUGGGGGUAAAAAGAAGAAGAAGAAGAAGGAUAAGAAACACAAAAAGGAGAAAAAGCACAAGAAGCACAAAAAGCAUAAGAAAGAGAAGGCUGCUGUAGCUGCUGCAACAACUGCCAUUGCCACACCUGCAGAGGAAGGGCCAGAGAAAGAUCUAGAGCCCAAAAAGGAGACUGAAAGCGAAGCAGAGGAUAACCUGGAUGAUUUGGAAAAGCACCUGCGCGAGAAGGCUCUGAGGUCGAUGAGGAAGGCCCAGGUGUCUCCACCAUCUUAAGCUGAAGCAGCUUUUGAUAAAAAGUGUACAUUGUAUUUGGUUUGUACUUCAAGAUUUCAAUUUCAAAUUGCUAAAAUGUGUUUGAGCUUUAGACUUUAACAUUGGUUGUAAUUGCUAGGUUGAAGUUCACCAUGUUUUUUUCUAAAAAGGGCAUGGAUCUUCAUUGCAGAAAAUGCAUUCAUGGCAUAUACCUAGUGAUUUCUUAUGACAGUUGACAUGGUUUCACUAGAAUUUUCUUGAGCAGUAAAGGUUUUUCUCUCCCUUCCCCUUUCCUUCUUUCCCGAAGGGCUUUACAUCAAGGCUGUCGGACCCAGCAAUUUCUCUAAACACCAUAGUGCAAAUGUUUAUGGUUAUUUGGCUCUAGUUUCUUCCUCUAGGCCUUACAUGGUCUGUACACACAACUGUCAAAGAAAUUACAUAGGAAAACAUGCAAAGGCCCAGGUUUUUCUGUGUUUGCCUGUAUUAUCUUUUGGUUUAUGAUUGGAAUUAACAUUUGAAGAAGUUACCGACAUCUUGGCCUGUUGUUUGCCAGAGCGGUUGUUUGGAUUUCUUUGGAACACUGGAAUUUUCCUUUGUCCCUUACGUCUUUCACCUGUCCUUUCCCAUUUUGUUUGGUUUUUUCAGAAGGCAGUUCCCGUGAUCAGCAGAAUUUGGCAUACAUUUUUGUUUGUGAAAUGUUGUUGUUGCCCCACUCAUAGGGUUUUUCUUUUCUUUUCUUGGUCUUGUUGUGGUCCUUUGGAAUAGUGCGUUACCUUUCAGAGUGUGGAUCUCUGAGAGCUUCAGGACCUGAACUUUGGAUAUUGUCAUGUUCUCACUGGGUUUUUGUUUUUUUAAAAGAACUUAAAGCUAUUAUAAAGCUUGUGGAUUAAACAAAAUAAAUUUCUAAAUUUAAA